UGUCUGUCUGUGUAUGUUUGUGUGUGUGUGUGUGUGUGUGUGUGUGUCUAGUCCAGCUCCAGCUUGUCAACAACACUGCAACCUGACACGGACGGGAUAGCCUGAGUAAAGCAGCUAUAUUAGCUGCCUGCUAGCUCCCGUGUUAACCAUUUUGUCACAACUCGUUCGUCUUUGUUCCACCGAGUUGACGAAACAACACCGAGUUGGAAGUAGUUUCGACAGGAGAGGAGGAAAGAGGAAAAACGGACUUUCCUGUUUGUAGACACUUCACACACGGUAGACCACUCAGCGUGCAUCGUGUUCAUUGCGCUCUUAUGCAGAGAUGAAUGCACUUGUCUGGACCCACAACUAAGGUGGACCGGUCACUGUCAGCAGUAAAGGCUCCUUCAAAUCCCUCCUUCUUUGUGAUGUGACAUCGCUGUUUGGUUUCAACAAAAGCCAGCGCUCUACGACAGAUGGUUGAGAUCCUGUCAGGUGCUGUUCAAGACAAUGUCUGCCCAGGUGGAGGUUCAGCCUGGGGAGGUAGGGAGGGCAGUGGUGGGAGGCCGACUUCACCUGGGUCUUCUGACUGACUCCAGCAAUAAGAGCCUUAUUGAGAUCAACCAGUCUCAUAUCAUCACUGAAGAACCAAACAAACCUGUCUUAGGGCCCAAGCCACUACUGUCUCCUAGGCCAUUUGCAGUUGAUAGAAACACUGUAAUUAGGCCUAUUCUUGCCCCUAAGCCCCAAACCAAGCCCCGGCCAGAGUCCACUCGCCUUGCUGGAUACAAACCAGAGCUUCCAUCCAACUCAAAAACACAGCUGCCCGCUGCCACUGUUAAACCCUGGAUAGCGUCAACCAAUCGUCCUGCACCUACCUCAUUUAAAACAUCAAAUAAGUUGAACACUGGACAAACAAAUAAGCCAGUGGUCCAGCCAUUUAAACCAGCCCCUCCUUUUGACCCUGGAGACCCCAGCAAACCGACUCCUCCUGUGCCAGCGCAGAGGCAGAAACCUGGUGUGUCAGGCUUGGGCUAUUCUAGGAGCCUGAAAAAGCCCCUGCCCGCAGAAUGGUCUGGAACCACGAAAAAGGAAGAUGAGAAGGACAAUAAUCCAUUCAGCAAAGGUGGGUCCUCCAUUACCAGAGCCAAGUCCAUGGGCUUUCUUGCUCAGGUUGGGCAGGAAGAAGAAGAAAAAGAAAAAACUGUACCUAUGGAGGUUGUGCCACGAAGACCCCAGCCCAGAAGCUCAAGGCCCAGACCUGUGUCAGCAAUUUUCCUUGACAGUUCAACUAAGACAGAGGCACCGGUUGCUUCCCCUCGCUGGGCCGAGAGACGACCACUUUCAGCCGAUCUCACUUCUAAGUUUGAGUCUAUCGGGCUUUCACUGCACCGCACACAGGCAAACACUAAGGAGAACACUCCAGAAGAGACAGCACUGCCACAGAUGAGAGAGCAAGAGAAAACCCCAAAGAGUACCACCCCGCAGAGUGCCGAUGUUGCAGCUAAGUCUGCUCUCUCAGACCAAAGCAGCAAAAAGCUGGAAGAAACGACUGUGAAAGAGUUUGAUGAGAAUAAGAGAAGGGUUAGCAUCAAGUCACGGAUCAGUCUCCUCCUCGAUUCGUCCCCCCUUCCGGGAACUGGUGCUACAGGCCAAGGGUCAGAUCUUGACUCACCGGGGAAGCUCAUCGCUGAAAACGAACCACCAGUGGGUGUUAAACAGCUCAUCAAGCAGCUGACCGUGGAUACCCCACCGGCUCAGAUUCCUGUCACAAAACCAGGAGUGAAGCCCCGGCCCUUGCCCCUGGACCUGACUAAAAGGUUUUCAUCUGAGAGGUCACCCGACCUUGGCAGUGCUUCCCUCAGUGAGGCAACAGGCCACCACGAGAUCAGCAAAGAUCUUCAGAGGAGGUAUGAAGAGAUGUCUCCAAAACCCAGCGACCGUAGGACAUUUAUGGAUCUUAAUUCCGAAGAGCAGCUCCAGAAGGCCUCCACACCUGAAGGACCUAAGGCAGAACUGAUAUCGGGUGUCACUUCCAAAGAAAGCGGUCCCACCAGUGAAGUGCACACAGUGCGAGCCUCCUUGUUUGAUAAUGUCGUGGAGAGGCACAGUGUGCUGAUGAUGGACGAGGAGGAGUCUGUCAGUAAGCCCAAGGAUUCUCGCAGAAGUCCAUCAUUUAAGAGAGGAAAUAGUGAGGACGAUGGAACACUAGUCACUGCCACCUACAAAGAACCUGAGUCUCCAUCGAGUUCUCUGCGUGUGAUACAUGCCUUUGAUAAAGUGCAGGCAAUUGAAGAAAACAGAGCAGUGAGUGAGAACGUGCCUUCAGCUCAGUGGGAGGAUAAGGCCAUGACACUGCGCUCCAGGCGCUCGGAGGGGAGCAGGCCAGUGGCAGAGAGGACUAGCUCAGCACAGCCACAACCAUCUUUGGCUGUGAAUCUAGAGCAGCAGCAGCAGCAGCAGCAGCCUCGAUAUCUGAGAGUUGGGGCUUUGCCAAAGUGGACUGAUGCAGGUAUGGAGAAAGGGAUGCUAAAGGAAUCACAAAGGGAAGGAGACAUGGAUAAAGACAGGCACAGAGAGGCAGAGCAGGAGGAUGUGUAUGCAGCGCCAAAACGUUUAAAAACGCUGCAGACAGAAGAACAGCAGAAACCAAGAUCGACCUACUUUGCUUUGACUGGACAAAUACAGGAGCAGUUUUCUCCUGUAGAUAUGGGAGCAAAUCUAGGAGACAUGGCUGUACCCUUUGACAAUUUCUCUGCGAGGUCUGCACUAGGGGGAUCUCAAGGGAAAAUUCUUCCCGUCAGACGGAAUCCGUCAUUAGAUGAUGCUUUUGCAAAAUCCUCUCAUGAGCAAGUUGAGGAGUUGAUGAUGAGGAGCCGCAGGGAACUGAGAACAGACAACAGAGAUGUACAGGCGACAGAAGAAUUGUUGGAGUUUGGAAGAAAAAUGGAAUUGAAGGAGGAGACUGAACAACACAAAGCUAAAAUGAAGGAGCUUGAAAGGGAAAAACAGAGGCAACUUGAAACGGAAAAGCAGGCACAUUUAGAGUUUGCACGACUGAAAGAGAGAGAGAGGCAACGAGAAUUUGAGAGGCAAAGACAGAAGGCCUUUGAGAGGGAGAAACAGGAGUUUGAGAAGAAACAACAUGCCCUGGAACAGCAGAAGCAGAUAGACCUUGAAAACCAGAGGCGGCAGGAAAUGGAAAGGCAGAAACAGAUAGAAUUUGAAAAACAAAGGCUUCAAGAAAUUGAAAGACGCAAACAAAUAGAACGUGAAAACCAGAGGCAGCAAGAAAUGGAAAGGCAGAAACAGAUAGAACAUGAACAACAAAGGCUUCAAGAAAUUGAAAGACGCAAACAAAUAGAACGUGAAAACCAGUGGCAGCAGGAAAAGGAAAGGCAGAAACAGAUAGAACAUGAACAACAGAGGCUGCUAGAAAUUGAAAGACGCAAACAAAUAGAACGUGAAAACCAGAGGCAACAAGACAUUGAAAGGCAGAAACAGAUAGAACAUGAAAUGGAGAGACAGAAACAAAGAGAACUAGAAAGAGAGAGGCAACGGCAGUUGGAGAGAGAGAUGCGUGAGCAGGAAAGACAAAGGCAAAGGGAGGAAGAGAGGCAAAGAGAGCUGGACAAGGAGAGACAGCUACUGGAAAUCCAGAAGGAGAAACAAAGAAUUGAGGAGUUGGAGCGACAUCAGCUGUUGGAGUUUCAAAAGCAGAAGCAGAAAGAAAGGGAGAGGCAGCAACUCAUGGAGCUUGAGAAGCAGAGGCUUAGAGAGAAGUCUGAGAGAGAAGAGGCAGAGAAAAUAAAACAGAUGGCACUAGAACAGGAAAUGUUAAGACUGAAAGAGCUUGAAAAAGAAAGGGAAAGACAAAGGGAGAGACAAUGGGAGAUGGAGCGCCAGAAAGAGAUCGAGAAGGAAAAGCAAAGACAGUUGGAGAGACAGAGACAACUUGAUAUCGAAAGACAGGAAUUAGAAAACCAGAGGUUGAGACAAAGAGAACUGGAGAAGGAAAGGCUGAGGAAGGAGGAGAUGGAGAGAUUUAUGGAGAUGGAGAAAAGACACCUCCAGGAGUAUGAAAAACAAAAGCAGACAGAGAGGGACAAACAGAUUUUGGAGUUGGAAAAACAAAGACUGAGGGAAAAGAUGGAAAAAGAGGAGGCAGAGAAAAUGAGACUGGUAGCCAAACAUCAAGAAACGGAGAGGCAGCGGCUAAAAGAGAAGCAGAAGAAAGAGGAGCAGGAGAGGGCAAGGUUAGAGUCAUCACCUCUCAAGCCUCAAGUGUUGGAUUUGGACUCAUUUGGGCUGAGAAAUGAACCUUCAUCCAAGGCCGCUGCUCAGCGCAGUGACCCUGCAACACGAUGGAAGGAGCCAUCUCUGAGAGUUGAACAGUCUUACAAACCUGCAAUCUUUGACAUGGACACUUUCACAUCCCAAACCCAGCACUCCCCCAGUAAAGACCCUUUUCCUGUUUCUGGUGUUCAGGGAGUUGACGCUGGGUUUGGGUCUAGGCUUCAGCCCACACACGAAAGAGACAUUAGCUGGAAGGUGCCAGCACAGACUUCGAUGGGUUUCUCAAGUCCAGCAUGGACAGCGUCUCCUCAGGAUCCGUGGGAGCUGCGUCCUGUUGAGAUAUCCGUGGACAAUCCAGUGGCUGAACCCAGAAAACAUUCCAACGCAGUCAGUCCAGAGCAACUCCUUCUCAGGCAGGGGGAGCGACUUCUGGCUCCACAGAGGCACUGGUCUGGUCUGCUGGAUGAACCCCUUCAUACUGCUGCUCUUACACCUGGCACAGACGCUAAAGCUGGUAGCUCUCCUGGUGGAGUCAGCAGCAGCAUCACUGCUGCAGAGCAGGUCUGGCUGCCCAGAGAGCUACUGCCUCCUGACAGCAGGAGGGAGCCCGGGGUUAAGAGGAGAUCCCAGGAGUUGAACAGGAUGCGGUCUCGCAGUGUGUCGCGGCGAUCGACUCCUUCGAGCAGCAGCUUGGAAGUGAGCCUCUCCAGGAUGAGGAGUCGCAGUGCGCACAGAGAGCGCGACCGCCACAGCUGGGUGCAGCAGAACCAAGGUGUCAAUGGUGACGAGGAAGGAAACGAUUCAGAAACUCUAGUUGGUGAGGCUGACAGUCAGUAUGGGACCUGGGAGACGGGACUGCGCACUGAUGAUAGCCUCACUCCUGCCACUCCCAGCUCAGAGAGCAACCUCAGCCCGUCACCGAGGAAGCCCACUCCCCCGCACACGCCAGGCGAUCGUGCCUCGCACUUUGAAACUGACACUGUGGACGGCUUCCUCUCCCCACCCUCGUCCGACAGCCAGGCACAGUCUUUCCCUGAUGCCCCGACCACUCUGUUGGACACCAGCGUCCUCCGCUCCAGAGCACAGCUGGGGAAGAAGCGAGCCCCGCGGACGCGGCCCACGAGAUCCGUGCGCCAGGGCGAGCAAGAGGGAGGAAACAAGGAGGAGUGGCUUUACACAGACUCCACAGAGGCAAAGGCGGUGAGCAAGGCGGAAGACUCGGACUCUGAGAACCAGCCCAGAGGAGCCGACACUGCACACUCUGCUGCUGCCUCUCAGCCACAGAGGGUCGCCCUCUUCCCUGGGCUGGACCCUUCUGUUCUGAAGGCUCAGCUGAAGAAGAGGGGUGAGUCUGACUGUCAGACUGAUGGAGCCACUCCCUCUCCGUCACAGCUUUCUCGCUCACCCAAGUCCCCCUUCCUUCCUCGGGCAGCGCGUGUACUGCCCCCACCUGGUGGGAAAGAAAAUGGGGAGGAAGACUCUCCGCAGUGGUUGAAAGAGCUGAAGUCCAAGAAGCGCUUGAGUCAAUAUGAAACUGAAAGCUAAGUAAAUAAAGAGGUUGCCUUACCAGAUGAAUCUGUAUGAAACAGAAGCCUUAAUGACCCAGAGAGCAGGAGAGGAGAAUCUGCAGCUGCUGAUGUGGUUUUCUUUUCUUUUUUUUUCCUUUUUUCUCUUUUCUUUUCUCUCCCCAUCUGGGUCGAUAAAUGUGCAUGGUGCCUUUUUUUUUAUGGAGAGUCUAUGAUGUAUGGAAAAAGGAAAAGAAAACAUACGUAUAUGAGGAGAAAAGAAACUGAUCUGCUUUAUCCAUUUCAUGCUUGAACCUGUGGGGGCUCCCCUGCACCAGGAGAGCGCUCACACAUGAUGGACACUUCAGUGGGGACCAGAAGACCAGACAAAAAAGAUGGAAGAGAUGAGCAAAUAUUUUGGGAUUUUUGCGUUUAGUGUCCUGACUUCGCUGACGUGUUCAGGCCGCGUACGUGUCGUGUGUCAUGUGUGACGGUUCACCGCAGGAUAACAUUUCAGACACUCGUGGGUUUUUUUUGUGCUCUUGUUUCUUUCUUUUUCUCGUCGAGAACAAAUCACCUUUGACUUGAUUGUCAGUGGAAAUGUAAAUCAUGUUAGUGAGAAUAAUCAGGAGCUGUCAUUAUAUUUGUAUUAUUGUGGAUCUAACAAAGAUGGGAUUGUGGGGGAGGAGCUAGUUUAAGAUGGAUCACUACAGCGAGGAGCUGCUCUGAUACAACUCCACAAACCUUACAGUGUGACGGAAGCGGCGCACUUUACUUUGUAUCAUUUUGUCUGAACGUGUGUUAUUUUUUGUUUUUGUUGAAGACUUAUUGGGGGGGGGGGGGGACUUAUGACCAACUGUCAAUCAUGCACACUCCUUUAUCAGCACAAACGUACUCUACACUCGUGAGAACGCUAAAUCAGCCUGUCUUCCCUUCUUUAACACACUGCAGCAGAAAGCUUCCAUUAUAAGCCAUGCAUUGACCUCGGAGCCCUCACACUCACACACACUCACACACUCCUCAAUCAUCAUGCUUUUCCAACGUGCAAUGCUCCUUCUCUUCCUGUCCCAAUUCAUGUGCAUGCACAAUCUUUAACCGUCAAACCGGGCUCUGCUCACAUUGACUGGCACAGAGUUGGCUCCCAUUACAGAUUCACUACAUUGUUUACACGACUCCACCCUUUAAAGAUCGGACUACGUGCACCCUAACGUAUGUUUGCCAUCGACCCGCCCGCCCGCCCGCUCGCUCUGUGUUCUGUGAAGCACUUUGUCACUCGAUGCACUACAGCAGUGACCUCUGCCCCCUCCCUCUCUGUCCCCGCCUCCUGUGUCGUUGGAGUGCUUGUGCAAUGUGUUGACGGAGUCUUUGAAGGGACCGUCCCUGGCUUCUGUGUACACGGACGUUUCACAUAUUCAUCAAAUUUGAGGGUUUAUUUUUAUGUCCUUCUUUUGUCUUUUUUUUUUUAUUUCAGAGUAAAGAUGUAUAUUGCACUGUGUUGUACUGGCCAGUGUCCUAAAGCGAAUACAUUCGUAAUAAAAAUGAACUUGGCUUAAGCUGCA